GGCCAUCAGCCCUAUGGUGGCAACAAUCUGCCGAAGACCCUUGCUCUAAUCGAGAGCCGCGAUUUCUGCCCCGCUCAGAUCCGCCUGAAUUUUGCGUCGCGACAUCUCUUUGAACCCUGCCAGCCUGCAAGACCCGCCAGCAGCCAACUCUUGAUGCCGAACCAAGUAAUUUGAAGAUGACAGAUACCUCAGUGGAGCCAGGUUUUCUGGCUGUGUGGCAUACAUUCCGCAUUCCUAUCAUCGCCAGUCUCGCUACGCUGUUUCUUUUGGGGCGAUUCUUCACCCAGCAGAAACGAUUGAAAACACCAUCUUCAUCGUCGCUUCCUCCUUCUCCCCGGCUCGAGAAGCCUGUCAGCGAGAAAGAGAGCAUUGCUAUCCCCUCACUUGAUUUCAAACCAACCUCGCAGGAAAAACAGAAACCAUCCGGACCAAAGAGGAUUCUGGGAAACCGCCAGUUCAAAGGAAUUGAUAAACAGCAGCAAAAUGAUCAAUUGGCAAAGCCUUCGUUCAUCAAGCCAAUCAUCUUCUUUGCGACGUUGACCAUUUCUACCCAGAAACGGGCACAGUGGCUCGUAGAAGAGCUGCGUGCUGCUGCCCAAGCAAAAUCGAAAGGAUCUGACAAAGACUACGGUCUCCUCCCUCCGGAACUCCAUGACCUUUCCGAGGUCGAUUUUGACGAUUAUUUCGUCUCCGCCCCGAAAUCACCUCCAAACUCCCUCCAUACUCGAUACGUCUACUGCUUCUUGAUCCCGACAUACAAUAUCGAUACUAUCAUCGACACAUUCCUCAGUCACCUUGACGAGAUUCACAAUGACUUCCGUAUCGACACCGCGCCGUUAUCGGGUCUAGCAGGAUAUUCCGUGUUUGGGUUUGGAGACAAGGAAGAUUGGCCCACGGAAGAGGAGGGGUUUUGCUCACAAGCCAAAGAUCUAGAUCGUUGGAUGGCUAAACUGACUGGGAAGAAACGUGCUUUCCCUCUAGGUCUGGGUGACACGAAGAGCGAUGCCGAAGCUUCCUUGAAAGAAUGGGCCACCGGUUUGACCGAGGUUUUGGGUGAAAUUGCCGAAACUGGCGGGUUGGGUGAGGGAGUUCCAGGAAGUGGCAAUUCUCUUGAAAGUGACGAGGAAGAAUCCGAGGAUGAGGAAGACGAACAAAGGCCGAAAAAAUCAAAAAAACCACAAGCGGUCGUUGAUCUUGAAGACAUCAACUUUGGUGGUAGUAAUAAAAAGGCACGAGCUAGCCCUCUCCCAGUCGAUUUCACAACGCAAUCUAGCCAGUCUUCAAACAAUCAAUCGACAUUGAAAGAGAUGGUCCCUUCAACAUCGCCUACAUACGCAGCCCUUACCAAACAAGGCUACACAAUUGUUGGGUCUCAUUCUGGUGUUAAGAUUUGCCGAUGGACCAAGUCUGCACUUCGAGGCCGAGGCUCAUGCUAUAAAUUCUCAUUCUACGGUAUAAAAUCCCAUCUCUGUAUGGAGACAACACCAUCAUUAUCCUGCAGCAAUAAGUGUGUCUUUUGCUGGCGCCACGGCACCAACCCGGUCGGUACCACAUGGCGAUGGAAGGUUGACCCUCCUGAAAUGAUCUUCAAGGGGGUAAAAGAAGGACAUUACAAAAAGAUCAAAAUGUUGAAAGGCGUACCAGGUGUUCGCGCGGAACGGUUCGCCGAAGCUAUGCGGAUCCGGCACUGUGCUUUGAGUUUGGUUGGAGAGCCCAUUUUCUACCCUCACAUUAACGAGUUUGUUGGCAUGUUGCAUGACGAGCAAAUUUCUAGUUUCUUGGUCUGUAACGCACAGCACCCUGAUCAACUCGCUACCCUAAAUCGGGUGACGCAAUUGUAUGUAUCGAUCGAUGCUAGCAACCGUGAAAGCCUACGCAAGAUUGAUCGCCCGUUGCAUCGCGAUUUCUGGGAGCGCUUUCAACGCUGCUUAGAUAUUCUUCGCGAGAAACGCAACGAACAACGAACUGUCUUCCGCUUGACUCUCGUUAAAGGCUUCAAUGUCGAAGACGAGGUCAAAGGUUAUGCUGACCUAGUUGAGAAGGGCCUGCCGUGCUUUGUAGAGGUCAAAGGUGUGACGUACUGCGGCACAAGCUCAAGUGCCGGUGCUGGCCUUACCAUGAAAAAUGUUCCAUUCUAUGAAGAGGUGGUUGCCUUUGUGACAUCUCUAAACGACGAGCUCCAGAAACGAGGCUUGAAAUACGGUAUAGGGGCAGAACAUGCGCAUAGUUGCUGCAUUCUGCUUGCAUCUGAACGAUUCAAUGUUGACGGAAAAUGGCAUACGAGAAUUGAUUACGACCGAUUCUUUGAGUUGCUACAUAAAGAGAAAACCGAGGGAAUCUCGUUCCGACCAGAAGAUUACAUGCGAGAAACAGAGGAGUGGGCUCUUUGGGGAAAUGGAGGAUUUGAUCCAACCGACCAGCGUGUUCGCAAGAAGGGUAAAAAUAGAGAUCGAGUGGUGACUGAGGAGUGA